AUGCCGUCAACAAAGACAACAGAGAAGGCGUCCUACGUGAAUAUGAGUUUCUUUCUCCUAAUGACUGGAAUGAAAGGAUUCCAUUUUGGCAAACAAGGCAGAUCAGUGCAGGAUGGAAAACAUUUUGAAACACAAUUCAAAGUUUUGGUUUCACUGUGCCUUCAUAGCGUAGCAGCACUUUGUGUUUUGGUUUGCAUAGGAAUAUACUAUGGUAAUAAGAAGUUGACAUCUACAGUGCUUGUUGCUGUUUUGGCAUUCGUGUUCUUCUUUAAUUUCAUCGGUGCAGUUUUACUGUUCGUUUUCGAUGGACGCAACAAUGCCGACCAGACCGCUCUGAAAGAUUGUGCGAUACUGUCGAUGGGAAUGGCAGUGUUCGUGGUGGGCAUAGGCAUUUUCUUUGCCAAAAAGCCGCCAUCAAGCGGAAAUCAUACAAGACAUAGAGGUCCAGAAAUCGUCCCGCUUCAGUGA